AUGUACACGCCGAUAAGCAUAUACAAUAAUCUUGUUAAUUUGGCCAAGAAGGUCAAAAUGGAAUGCGUUAGGAAGGAAGAGCCCAAGUAUAAGUUGGUAAAACUGAUCGGCAAGGGCACCUUUGGGAAGGUCUACUACGCUAUUGAUCUAUGCACACAGGAACCCGUCGCGAUUAAACGAUCCCCCAAAUGGAGGAACAAAGUCUCGAGGGAAGUGGACCUCCUGCAGAAGAUGCAGCACAGCGAAAACAUAGUAAAUUUAAAAUCCAUUUUUUACACCACGACGGAGAAGGGUUUUCGUAUACAAAACAUUGUCUUUAAGUAUAUGACGUACAGCCUGGGAAAAUAUAUUCGAUUUAAGAAACAGGAGAGGAAGGAAAACAAGAAAAAUCGUAUUUCAGCGUCUGACUUAAAAAGCAUUAUAUACCAAAUAUGUAAAGGAAUCAAGCACUUACAUGAACACAAUUUAGCUCACAGGGAUUUGAAGCCGGACAAUAUUUUGAUUGAUACAGGCUCAUCCCCAUUUAAAGUGGAAAUAUGUGAUUUGGGAUCUGCAAAAAAAGUUGAAGAAAGCAUCAUCUCGAUUCCGUACAUAUGUUCGAGAUGGUACCGGGCGCCUGAGCUGUUAUGCGGUUCCAUGUAUUACACGACGGACGUAGACCUAUGGUCCCUGGGGUGUAUAAUUUUCGAGCUGAUAAAUCUCUGUCCCCUGUUUCCGGGGAAAUUCAAAAAAGACGACAUAUCCGAAGAAUGCUCACAGAUUAUAAAUUUAAUUGAAGUGUUGGGAUCUCCAGGAAUGAGUUUUUACGAAAGUAUAAAGGGCCAAACCAGUAACAGGAAUAGAAAUCUUAUUAAGGAACUGUGCGGACUGAACAUUCGACCCUUGUCCUGGAGCUCCAUCCUGGGGGACAUCUUGGAGGAAAGUGAAUGGGAGCUAAUCGGCAUCGUAGAUGGUCUUUUGAAAUGGAAUCCAAAUGAAAGAUUAAAAAUUGACGCAGUUUUGAGUAACCCUUAUUUUGCUACAUGA